AGGACAAGGAAUGGUGUGACCCCGUGCUGGGCUGCCUCUCCAUCACGGAGGACUGGUACCACCCUAACCGCCCGAUCAACGUGUGCCCGGACUCGAGGGCGCACAUCAACACCAGGUUCAUGUUGCACACCAGGAAUGAACCCGGAGAGACAACGGACACCUUCCUCACUGCUGACAAAGCUGUCAUUGACGCCACGACCUUCGAUCCUGCCAAACCCAUUAAGUUCAUCACCCACGGCUUCAUCGACACCGGCAAUACUGAGUGGCUGAGGAGAAUGGCCAGGGCAAUGAUAACCCAGGGAGACUACAACGUGAUUCGCGUGAACUGGGGAGCAGGCUCUCUGCCCAUGUACUACUCCGCCACCGCCAACACCCGAGUGGUCGGCCUCGAGAUCGCCUACCUCGUCAACUUCUUCAUCGACAAUUACGGAGUCGAUCCGGCGAACGUGCACCUGAUCGGCCACUCUCUGGGCUCCCACGUGUCCGGUUACGCGGGCGAGCGGAUCAGCGGCCUCGGACGCAUCACCGGCCUGGACCCCGCCGGACCCUACUUCACGGAGACGCCGAGCUUCAUCCACCUGGACGCCACCGACGCCGUCUUCGUCGACAACAUCCACACCGACGCCGACACCAUCUACGUGCUGGGCUACGGCACGGAGCAGGAGAUGGGCAACGUGGACUUCUAUCCGAACUCCGGCCACGACCAGCCGGGCUGCGACCCCGUCUCCAUCGGCAUCGAAAUCAUUGACGACAUCGGCGAGGGCGGCCGAGACCUCGCAGCCUGCAGCCACGACCGCUCCGUGGAACUCUUCGAGGAUUCCCUGGGAGAGCCGUGUCCUUACCUGGCGCACGAGUGCAUCGAUUACGAUUCCUUUGAACAGGGUCGAUGUGCUAGUUGCAACGAAGACAACUCCGCGUGCGCGUUCAUGGGCAUCCACGCCGACCAGUACACGGCCAAGACCCGAGAGAAUGUGAGGAUGUAUUUUGACACUGAUUCGAAAGCUCCAUACUGCUACUACCACUACCAGAUAGUGAUUGACACGGCGCACCCGAAGAACGCCGAGGACUGGGUCCAGGGCCACCUCACCCUGUGGCUUUACGGCGACAACGGCAACGUCAUCGAGAAGGUCCAGAUCACCAGGGACCACGAGCGCUUCGACCACGGCCAGCCCAAGUACUUCCUGCUGACGAGCCACGUGGACAUCUCCCGCGUGAUCCGGGUCGAGGCUCACUGGGAGUACGACGACACGCUCACGAACCCCGGGUCCUACUGCUGGAUGCUGCUCUGCAACCGCGCCCUCUACGUGCGCUCCGUCAGGAUUUCCUCCAUGGAAUACUACCCCGAGGAGUCGCGCCUCGACCACACCCGCGUCGUGUGCGACAGGAGCAGCGACUACCUCGAGAUCAAGUCCGGCCACACUGCAGUCCUGACCUCGGAGGAUUCGUGCGUGUUCACCAUCGCCUAAAAGCACGAACGGAGUCUUGGGUAUCCAGAUGUUUUUUUUCACGAACGGAGUCUUGGGUAUCCAGAUGUUUUUUCACGAACGGAGUCUUGGGUAUCCAGAUGAUUUUUUCACGAACGGAGACUUGGGUAUCCAGAUGUGUUUUUUUCACGAACGGAGUCUACGUAUAAGAACAGGAAAGCAUGGCGGUUCACCUCGAAUGUAGAUUUGUAAUAUACUGUAUGCUCGGUAUAUGUAUCUCGAUAAAGACUUAUGAAGUUCAGGGAAAUGUA